AGGCGGCGCCGCAGCCCUUGCAGCUGGACUGCACUUUGCCCUCGCCCGGCCCCAGCUCCUGCCCACCCUGACGCCAGCAGCCCCUUCCAGAGCAGCGCCCGCUCCGGGAGCUUCGGGGACCGGCCCGGGGCCUGACGCCCGCGAGCGCCAGAUGCCUCCUCGGCCCCCACGGCUGUCCGGACGUGCGAUGGGCGCGCUGCUACCCCGGCGAUGUGUUGCAUAAACACUACACGUGAAGAGUGCUGAAAGGGAACAUCGAUUAUUGAAGUGACCUGGAGAGGGGGAAAGCACUGGUCAACAUCACGUGGACAAACUCUCGUUUUUCUAAAGAUGCUGCUGAAAUAGUCUUUGCUACUGCUUUCCUUCAUUAGUCCAAGCUCUUUAUAACAUGGGCUGUGUGAAAUCAAAGCAAACUUUCCCAUUUUCUACGCCAUUUGAACCUGAGAAGCAGCAUGAGAAUGAAGAAAACUUGAUGCCUUCUUCGGUUACUGUCAAAAACGAAGUGAAGCAACCCUCGGGGACCAGUACUGUGGUCCUUGAAUAUGCACAGCGCCUAUCCCAGGAAAUCUUGUGUGAUGCCUUGAACCAAUGGGCAUUCAAUAACGUCAUGUACUAUGACAUCCCAUACAUCGAGUAUGAGGGCCCUGAUGCUGCAGAAUGACAACGCUUUCUCGACUGGCUAUAUAGUUGGUGCUAGCUUAAAUACAUGAAAACAAAAGCAAAAACUGGUGUGAAUAAGUACAAAUAACUCCAGCUGGCUGUAAAACAUGUCUAUGAUUAUGUCACUAGUGUAAGAACACCUAAGAUGAAAUAUGUUUUAAGCAGUUCUAUGUUGACAGUAAUUUCUCUCUGCUUGGGCUUGGAUUUUAGUCAUUUGAAGGGCUGAACAGAGGUCCUGUGAUACCCAGUAAGCAGCUGUAUGUCACAGCACUUUCUUCCUGAGGCAGUAAUGAUAUCACCAAAGAAAAUGCUGAGCAAUAAGUGCUCCAAGUUCCAAAUGAUUAAAGACAUUCCUUUAAAAUAAAAUUUCUGUUAAUUCACACCCCCCAAAAAACCCAGAUGUAGAGUUUUCUCAAAAUGCCUUAGCAAGGGAAUGGCACUCAAGCCAUAGUGAUCAGCAGUGGGUCUUACUUGUCAAAACCAUGUGUGUCAAGGAUCUCCACUUCUUAACACAAAUGAUCUAGCAUUAGAAAGCAACUCAUGUAGAAGUUAUCCACCUUGAAUCUCAGGGCCCUAAAUAGCUACAGCUAUUACUGGAUGACUGAAGACAUUGCAUACAAAGCCAUCUUAAAAAGAUAAUGAUUUACAGAAGCCAUAACAUUAAUAUUUAUUGCAUUGAAUUAAU